AUGAGACCUGGCGAGGCAGGACGGAGCAAGGCCGUGUCACAGCGAAGCGAGGCCGAGUCACGGCGAGGCAAGACCGAAGCUGGGCGAAGCCGGUGCGGUGCCGGGCGAGGCGCCCGGUCGCGCGGGAGCGACGGGCCGGCGCCGAGCAACGGCGCCUGUUAUUCCUCGAAACAUGCAAGAUCGUUCUCCAAGACCUCCAGCAGGGGAACAACGGCCGGUCCUGCUCACAAAAAUGUAAUUCAAGAUGACAGCGCGGUCACGCUGUACCUGCACGGCUCUCACCUGGUGGUGCAGCACCCGCGCUGGCCGGCGGAGGACGUGCUGCUGCCGCUGGUUUGGCUGCGCGACCACUGCCGCUGUCCCAGCUGCUACAACACUACCACUCACCAGCGCCAGACCGAUGUACGUGACCUGGUGUUUGACGUGCACCCCAGUCAGUUCGCCGUCGACCAGAGCGGAACCUCCAUCACCAUCACCUGGCACGACGGACAUGAGUCGAAGUACAGUCUUCAGUGGCUCUGGGAAAACAGCUACAUUAGUCAGAAGUACCGGCAGAUGCAGCAGGACAGGGUCUGGAAGAGGUGUCUGUGGGACGCGUGGACGGCGGCUCGUGAGGACCUGCCCACUGUCCACCACGACCAGUUCAUGCAGGAUGAGGCUGGUGUGCGCCAGAUGCUGAAGGGCUUCCUCACGCACGGCGUGGUCACUGUCACUGGGGUGUCGGCGUCGCUGGAGGCCACCCGCCGGGUGAUCGAGCGCGUGGGCGCGGUGCAGAACACGAUCUUCGGCGACGUAGUGCAGGUGUUCCACUGCCUGCACCACGACGGCACCGGUGGCGAGACGACGCUGGUGGACGGCUUCGCCGGCCUGCAGCGGCUGCACGCCGCCGACCCGGCCGCCUAUCAGCUGCUCUCGACCGAGCCGUGCCUGGCUCGCCGCCUCCGCUUCAACCCGUACGACCGGGCGCCGGCGCGCCACCUGUCGCCGGCGCGGCUCGAGCCCUUCUACCGGGCGUACCAGCGGCUGGCCGAGACGCUGCUCAGCCCGCGCCUGGAACGCCGGCUCCGCCUGACGCCCGGCACCGUGCUCUUCAUCGACAACUGGCGCGUGCUGCACGGCCGGGCCGCCUUCACCGGGCGGCGCGUCAUGUGCGGCGGCUACGGCUGCUUGCCGUACUCCCACUCCGUUUGA